AUGGGAUCCGCGUCGGAGCAUGCGCCGCAGUUCUCCGCAUCGGAGGUCAAUCUACUGAUCUACCACUACCUCAAGGAAUCGGGGUUUCUGCACACAUGUUUUGCGCUGCGGCACGAGGCGCGGCUGGACAAUGUGCCGGCGGCGCACGCGGCGGUUGUUCAGCCCGCACAGCUGCUGGGCUACUUGCAGCGGGGGCUCCUGUACGCGACUGCGGAGCGCCAGGUGCUUGCACAGAAUGCGGACCAGGUUGUGCCGGACCCGCUGAUUGCGCUCCACGGUCCGGACGCGGUGAAGCGCGGAUUGACGCCGGGGGCAGAGACGAGGGCGCGUGCAGAGAAUAGAAUCGAUGCGGGCGCACAGACGCACGAGGUAGAGCACCGGAGUGUACGGGAUGCACCAUCGCGCACGCCCAUGGCCAUCGGCGAGGCAAGGGAGCCGGCGCCGCCGCACAAGCGCAGCCCAGCGCCCGCGCCCGCGCCCGCGCGCGAGAAGCGCGCCAAGACAGAACCGAGCCUCGAGGCACGCCCCGAAAGCAGCAGCACCGACAAGCUCGCGAAGAAGAAUAAAGCACCCACCUCGUACACGUCGCCCGACGUCACAGUACUGCACGGGCACGCCUCCGAGGUAUUCGUCACAGCAUGGAACCCCGCCGUGCCUGGACUGCUUGCGAGCGGCGCAGGCGACGCGACGGUACGUAUUUGGGACUUGCAUGCGAGCCCCAUGGAAAUGCCGGCUGUGUGCAAGCACCUCCCGCCGACGCAGGCGAAGAACAUCGCGGCGCUUGCGUGGAAUCCAGACGGAACGCUGCUCGCUUCUGGCUCGCACGACGGCAUCUUGCGGCUCUGGACGCCCCAGGGCGACCUGCACCUCGUCAUGUCUAUGCACCAGGGGCCCAUCUUUGCCGUGCGCUGGAACAGCCAAGGGAAUCUCUUGCUCACGGGCAGUGGCGACGGCACAGCCAUUGUGUGGGACGUGGGGAGAGGCCGCGUCCGCCAGCAGUUUAGCCUCCACGCCGACAAUGUGUUGGACGUGCAGUGGCUCGGCACGGCUGCAAACGGUAUGUUUGCCACGUGUUCUGCGGACAAUGCGAUCCAUCUCUGCAAGCUCGGCGAGCCGCGCGCACUGCAGUCGUUUAGGGGGCACACGGACGAGGUGAACUCGAUCCAGUUCGAUCCGUCGCACACGCUGCUCGCGAGUGCGUCGGACGACGGCACGGCGUGUAUCUGGGCGGUGGACGCGCCGAGCGCGCGUGCAGCGCAAGACACAGACGCGCGGACCAAUGCGGAGAAGGGUCUGCGCUUCCGCUUGCGUGGUCACACCAAGGAACUGUACGCACUUGCGUGGUGUCCUACAGGGCCAAACACCACGCAUCCCGAUCGCCCGCGCAUGCUUGCGACGGCAAGCUUUGACCACACGGCACGUAUUUGGAACGCAGAUACGGGGGAAUGUAUCCGUGUAAUCAGCGCGCACGACCAGAGCGUAUAUGCUCUUUGUUUCAGCCCUUCCGGACAGUACCUCGCUACGGGUGGAAUCGACGCGCGGACAGCCAUCACACGUAUUUCUGACGGCGAGACGCUGCAUACGUAUCAGGGCGGCGGCGCCGUGCUCGACAUUGCGUGGCACAAGCGCGCCAGCGAGGACACCGACGAGCUCGCGCUGGCCCAAGCGGACAAGCACGUGGUCGUGCUCCGGCCCCACCUGCCCCCGUAG